CAGAUUCAGCCACUCACACUGGACACACACACAUUUUUGGAUAACCCUCUGACCCCCCCCUCACAGUCCUUCCUUUAAAUAGGGCUCCUUUCCGUCUCUUCGGCCUCGGUGAUCACAUCCCUGCUGCUCCUCUUCACGUUCUCUUCAACCCGAAACCAAGCCUUCUCUCAGUCGACAUGGAGCGUACAUUCAUCGCCGUGAAGCCCGAUGGCGUGCAGAGAGGUCUGUGCGGUGACAUCAUCAAGCGCUUUGAGGCCAGAGGCUUCAAGCUGGUGGCCGCCAAGUUCAUCCAGGCCUCUGAGGAGCACAUGAAGAACCAUUACCUGGACCUGAAGGACAUGCCUUUCUAUGGUGGACUCUGCAAGUACAUGUCCUCCGGACCCGUCUUCGCCAUGGUAUGGGAGGGUCAGAGCAUUGUGAAGCUGGCCAGGAUGAUGAUGGGUGAGACCAACCCCGCUGACUCCAAGCCCGGCAGCAUCCGUGGAGACCUGUGCAUCAACAUCGGCAGGAACAUCAUCCACGGCAGCGACACCCUGGAGAACGCCAAGCGUGAGGUCGGCCUGUGGUUCAAGGCCGAGGAGUUCGUCACCUACACCCCCUGCACCCAGACCUUCCUGUAUGAGUAAACUACACCCAACUGGACCCCCCCGUGACACGAUCCAAUAAUCCAAAACAUGCAGCACUUAUCAAUAAAGUCUCAUGUUAACAACU